CCUCAUCCUUUCAACGACAGGAAGUUCUCAUGCCACUAUCCUCCACUACCUCCGUCUGUGUACGUAAGAACUGCUUGACAUAUCUAACUAGACAAACGGAUGAUAAAACUCACAGCCAGGCACGGGUGGCAAGAGGAGAUUGUUGAAUAUCAUCUUUUACAUAAAGUACCUAUGGCGCAACCUGAAUUUUGAUGUUGGACAAGAUUCCUAUACAAAAAAAGAAAAGAUGGGAUGUAACUGCAGUUCGGAAUACUCAGAUGGUGAAUGGAUCGAGAACUGUGAUGAAAUUUGUGAGCACUGCAACUGUCCCAUACCGCCACAAUCCUGCAACCCAUAUACACAUCAGCUAAUUCCAUCUCCAUCUCAGAGUUCAUCACCUUCAUCUCCUCUACCUGAAAACUUGGCAGUGGCUUGCUACAGCUAUGAACCCACCCAUGAUGGUGACCUGGGCUUUGAAAAGGGAGAAAAACUCAAGAUAAUUAACAGGGAUGAUCCAGAGUGGUAUUUGGCAGAGUCUCUCACCACAGGACAGAGAGGCCACAUUCCAUACAACUUUAUUGCAAUGAAUUCACUGGAGACAGAACCGUGGUUCUUUAAGAAUAUUUCUCGAAAUGAUUCCAUGAGGCUCCUGCUCGCUCCCGGGAACACAAUGGGCUCCUUCUUGAUUCGUGAGAGUGAGACAACACCAGGGUCAUACUCCUUAUCAAUCAGAGACUUUGACCAAAACAUGGGUGAAGGAGUAAAGCACUACAGGAUCCGAAACUUGGACUGUGGUGGUUUCUAUAUCACGACCAAGAUAUCUUUCAAUUCACUAAAGGAGCUCGUGCAACAUCAUACACGUGAUGCAGAUGGUUUGUGUACUAAGUUGGUGAAGCCAUGCCAGUCAAGAGCUCCUCAAAAACCAUGGUGGGGAGACAACUGGGAGAUUUCUCGGGAGUCCCUGAAAAUGGUGACUAAGCUUGGUGCUGGCCAGUUUGGGGAUGUCUGGAUGGGAUUCCACAAUAAUGACCAGAAAGUCGCCAUUAAGAGUUUGAAGAUCGGCACAAUGUCAACGGCGGCCUUCUUAGCAGAAGCUGAUGUUAUGAAGAACCUGCAACAUCCUCGCCUUGUUCGUCUCUUCGCAGUCGUUAGCCAGGAGCCGAUCUUGAUUGUCACGGAGUACAUGGAAAAUGGUAGCUUGCUGGAUUACCUAAAAACAAGACAAGGGAGUAAUUUGUCGAUGAAAACUUUGAUAGACAUGGCAUCCCAGGUAGCAGACGGCAUGGCUUACAUCGAACAGAAGAAUUACAUUCACAGGGACCUACGAGCCGCCAACAUUCUGGUGUCCCAUGAGCUCAUCUGUAAAGUAGCAGACUUUGGACUUGCCAGACUCAUUGAGGACAGUGAUUAUACGGCUAGGGAGGGAGCCAAGUUUCCCAUCAAGUGGACUUCCCCUGAAGCUAUAAACUAUGGAAAAUUUUCCAUCAAGUCUGAUGUGUGGUCCUUCGGAAUCCUCCUAACAGAAGUAGUCACCUAUGGUCGCAUACCAUACCCUGGUAUGUCCAACCCGGAGGUGAUCCAGUGCCUGGAGCAGGGCUACAGAAUGCCAAAGCCAGAAAAGUGUUCAGAUGGACUUUAUAAUGUUAUGUGUCUCUGCUGGAGGGAUAACCCAGAAACUAGACCCACCUUUGAAUACCUGAGAAGUGUUUUGGAAGACUUCUUUAUUGCCACAGAGCGUCAGUACCAGGCAUAGCCGGGAAUGCUCACAUUCACAUUCCCACUGUAAAGACCAAGACUGUGCACGUAGUCAUUUGCUGCUUGCUGUUAUGCUUCAGCUACACUGUAUCUUUAAUCACAAUUAUAAAAGGAAUGUUUUGUUUUUUUCUCUCCUGUGACAUCGAUUGUCUUCUGUGUACAAUAAAUCAUUUCACAAUUUUAGCGCAUUGGCAGCCAUUGCCUGUGACAACUUUCCAAUGAUGUGGCUAUUUUCAUCUUUCUGCUUUGAAUUUAGUUUAUCACCAGUGGACAUCAAACCCAUUUGAAGUCCAGGUUGUUUGUUUUGAUUCUGAAUGUGAAGAUGAGACAUGGUUGCUCAUUAUCAAUCCCCAAAAAAUGAAAAAUCCAAAACCAUUUUUUUUUUGUUUUUCAAACUCCUUCACAUACAUAAAGAAUAACCAUUAAGUUACUGUCUGAAAAUUUGAACGUAGCUGGUUUAAAAAUUGUAGUACAAAAAUGUAAACAGUCAUUGGACCUGAGAGGGAAAGGUUUA